UGUUGUUGUUAUUGUUGGGUUUUUUUUGUUAACUUUAUUCCUUUCACAAAUGCCUGGGGGUGAACCGCUGCCGGGUCAAAGGCUGCCCCCUGACAACAAGGGGACACUGAAGAUGCCUGAUCAGCGCCGCGCCGCCACACCCGCCGGAAGCAGCUGCAGGAGAAAGCUCUCGCCCAGCCCCCUGUGCCUUUCAGCCAGGGAGGGCAGGGCACAGCCCGAGGCCACAGCCAUCCAUAAAAGCCUCCACGGAAGACUUCUGCCCACUCCCCGUGGAGCGUCACUGUCGCCACUUGGCAUCUCCCUGCCGCUAGCCAGCUCCCCUGCUCAGCACUCGCCGUGCUCCGGGCACAGAUUAACCACGGCUCCCCGCUCUCCAGUGACAGCCCCACGCCAGGACUCCCUCCACGCUCCCUCGCUCACCCUUCAGCCUGCUGCAGUGACCCCAUGGCCACUUCUGGAAAAGUUAUCAGGUGCAGAGCUGCUGUUGCCUGGGCAGUGGGCAAACCACUCUCUCUCGAGGAGGUGGAGGUUGCACCUCCAAAGGCGGGUGAAGUCCGUAUCAAGAUUGUGGCCACAGGCAUCUGUCGUACAGACGAUCACCUUUUGGAAGGCUGCUUUCCUAACGCGGAUUUCCCAGUUAUCCCAGGCCACGAAGGAGCUGGGAUAGUGGAAAGUGUUGGAGAAGGAGUGACCUCUGUGAAACCAGGUGACAAAGUCAUCCCACUUUGCCAUCCACAAUGUGGGGAAUGCAGCUUCUGCUUGAAUCCUGAAUCCAACUACUGCCUGAAGUCCCACUUCUCCGAGUCACAAAACCUGCUGCCUGAUAAGACCAGCCGGUUCACUUGCAAAGGGAAACGGAUCCACCACUUCCUGUGGGUCAGCACCUUUGCAGAAUACACUGUGAUCCCGGAGUACGCUGCUGCCAAGAUAGAUGCUGCUGCACCUCUGGACAAAGUCUGCUUGUUUGGCUGUGGGUUUUCCACAGGCUACGGGGCUCCCAUCAACACCGCCAAGGUCAAACCAGGCUCCACCUGUGCUGUCUUCGGCCUCGGAGGAAUUGGCCUCUCUGUUGUCAUGGGCUGCAAGGCGGCUGGAGCUUCCCGCAUCAUCGCCAUUGAUAUCAACAAGGACAAGUUUGCCAAGGCCAAGGAGCUGGGAGCCACCGACUGCAUCAGUCCUCGAGACUUCAAGAAGCCCAUCCAGGAGGUGGUCACCGAGAUGACCGGUCAUGGCGUGGACUACUCCUUUGAGGCCAUCGGGGAUGUGGAUAGCAUGACUGCUGCCCUGGCUGCCUGCAAUAUGAACACAGGUGUCUGCGUGAUGAUUGGGGAACUGGCUUCUGGUGCAGUGAUGUCCGUUGAUCCUAUGCUUCUGCUGUCUGGGCGUACGUGGAAGGGGACCCUGCUUGGAGGUUGGAAGACGAGAGAAUCUAUCCCCAAAUUAGUUUCCAGCUAUUUGGAGAAAAAGUUCAACUCAGACUUGCUGAUCACGCACACGCUGCCGAUCGCUGAAGUGAACGAGGGAUUUGAGUUGUUACGUCAAGGAAAAAGCAUUCGCAGCGUCCUGCUCUUUUGAAGGACACAGCCACGGGAGGCCGAGCGCAGGGAUCAGCGCAUUAACUCUGAGCUCUCCAACUCUUGCCUAAUGGAGAAAACUGAAUGAUAAUCAAAACAAACUAAAAUAAGGCUCAAAGGUAAAGUGAACAGCUUAAAGAAUAUUUUUGUUUUCAGCUAAGCAAUUAAAUAUCAGCCUACUUUUAAAGUGAAGAUUAUAAAGCACAUGAAAGCAACUAAUCCUGGAGAAGAACCACAUCUUUGCUUCACUAAAUCUAGUGAUUGAACUGACAGGAGAACAGGCAUGAAGGAGAUGUGAAUCAGCUGUAGAGCGGAGCAUCCUAAGCAUGAGUCUACAGAGUAAUGCCUUCCUGAUUCACGAUUGCUGCUUUUUUUUUUCUGAUAAGGACUAAUCUUUUUUGCAUCCUAAUGUCAACGUAUGUGGUUUGAUUUUUUAAAAAUAUUAAUAUAUGUAUAAUUUUGUUCAACAGCUAGAGAGUUGAGUUCUGCUCACUACAACAUUCUAAAUGGUUCCUGAUCCAAGAAGGGGUUUAUGUCAUUAUCAGUAGUCUUCUGGGACAUUAUCCCAUUCCUUAGGUAUACAAAAACGUCCUUUCAGCCACACAGAAGGAGGAUUCCUUUCUAGUGGACAGGCCUUUUCUAGUCUAUCACUUCCUUCUAGGCUACAGCUGGUGGGAUCAUGAAGGUCCUCAAGGCUGAAUUACACAUGUGGAAACCUACUUUCAUUACAGACAACACAAAUUCUUGCACAGCAGGCCCAGGAAUGGGAGGGGGGCUGGCAGAAGAAUGAACUGGCUUUCAGUGCUAGGCUAAGCAGUUAAGGGUGAAGAAAAAGGAAAGCAUGAAUCAGAGAGAUAGGGAGAGAACACAGGUCUAAAGAGAGGAAAGAUACAACACCUGAGCAAAGAUUUUUAAGUUGAAAAGAACUCUUAUUGCUUUUUCUAAGAGCACGCAACAUUUCAAAGCUACAAUCAAUAUAUGGCAUUUCUGACAUGCUGGGGUCAAGUUCACAUGUGUGACUAGGAAGAACUGAUUCUCUUUACUGGCAUUUAACGAUGAUCAUCUCCAUUUUCAACCUCUUCAUCCAUCAUCUUUCUGUUCCUUUUAUCAGUCUCUCCUUGGCAGCAGCUUCAAGUUGAGUAUAUGAUGUCUAGUGAUUCUAGGUGGUUGCCAAAUUACACAUAACAACCAUGUGCAUUCAAUAUUUCCAUGUGUGGCAUUUCUUUCCAGAGUACCGAUGGGAAGGACACAUUGCUCUUUGGAGUGGUUUCCAUUACUUAGUUUACCUGCUUCAGCUAUAAUUCUAUUUUAAUCAAUUCUACUGCUCAGUUUCUUUGAAAUUCAGACUCAGAGUUCUAAAACUACCAUCAAUGAAACACCAGUAGAUUUAUGCAAGAUAUAUUUUAAGCCAGAAAAAUAUUUACUACUCUGCUCUACCUGACAGUUUAUACAGUCAAUGAGCCCAUACACGAGAUUGCAAAAAUCAAAAGGAAACAAAUGGGUUUGCUCCAUAACAGACACAUGAAGCACCAAAAUAUUAAACAUUGUUCUCUAGUGAUGCUUACAUACUGUUAGAGGUGAAUGUAGAGAGCACCCAGCUCUGAACAGACCAUCACUCAAAAGAUUUUCCUUUUCUGUUUGAGUAUUUGUGAGUGUACUAUUUUCUUAUACUUGAAAGAUGACAAUCACACACCAUUUCUCAUCACGUGUCGCCUUUCUGGGUCUUUCUUAUUGUAGAAGUAACACAAACACAAAUGUCAAUCUUUGCUUCUAGAACCAUGUAAACUAGCACUAUGUGAAUGUAGUAUAUUAUCUGAAUAAUCCUUUGGCGUUUAUUUUAAGUUGAAGACUCUGAGGUCUGACUUAUACAAGUGUUAUGAUAGCCACACCAAAUACUCCCACAGGGGAUAUCAAUAUUUUAGAUACAACCUAGUUCCCAUAAAAAUCCAAUACCUCAUAAGAUUGUCAUUUACACCACCACUUUAGAGAAAUCAAUGGUGAUGUGCACUUCUAGCAAUAUCAUUCAUAUCAAUGAAAUGGUAAGUUUAUAAAUCUCUUACGAUGCUGAUCAAAUGUGUGGUUUUUUU